AUAGGCGGGUCCGCCUCACCUAGAAACUACCGAGUAUAAAAGCCAAAGAAACUUCCUUCUUAAUAAAGUCUUCAGUUUUCCCCACAUGUCUUAUUCUUCAUCCGCAGUUCAUCUUGCCAUUUAUCUUUUUCCCCUUUUCACAACAAGCAUUUGUCUUCCGGUAACUCACUCCCAUCUUUUGACAUUCUAUGGUGCUGUUUGUAGUCAAGGUUAUUUGACUCUAUUUUCUCUUGUUAACCUUGUUGACACCCUUUGUCCUGCCUUUUCCUGCUUUCCUCCCCAUAAAAAAACACCAUCUAGACCAAGCAUAGAAAUAAAGAGAUUAGUCAAGAAAGCACUGUCAAGCUAAUACUUACAACUUUUUCAAGACGAAGGCCUUUCCCGACCUAGUCAUGUUUGUAGUAGCUCAUGAAAUAUUUUAGACAGACGAAUAGUAACCAGGGAGCAGAAGUGAGAAUAGGAU